GUCCUGUAGUGGUCCUGGUCGCCGGCGGCUUUGCGGGUACCGUCUCCUGGGCGCUGGCCACCCCGAUGGACGUGGUCAAGGCCCGCUUGCAGAUGGACGGAGUCAAGCGGGUGGAAUACCGGGGGAUCAUGGACUGCUUCCUCACCAGCUUCCGGAGGGAAGGGGCCCGGGUUUUCCUUCGGGGCCUCUCCCUCAACAGCCUCCGGGCUUUUCCCGUCAAUGCCGUGACCUUCCUGACCUAUGAGAACCUCCUCAAACUCCUCCGUUAA